CAGACAACGGCCGAUGGAAGGAGCAACAGCCCAGCGUGGAGGCAGUAUCCAGCUACCCGAACAACACAGCAGUCUGAAGACUGUGACCCAUGACAUGAAUUAAAUCCUAUAGCUAGGCAGGAUGCUUGGGGAGAUACAGUAGUGGAUACUGGUGCACAAGGACUGAAUCUGAAUCUGUCAACUAUUGACUGACCUACUUCACUGGGAUCCACUUGGGACAGCCAAAUGGUCACCUCAAGAUGUUUUUUGAACUUGAAGAACAAAUGGGCAUUUUGAAGUACGGACACUCCUCAAAUCUUCUCUUGGGAAAAUAACCAACCGAGCACCCGUUGAAAGUGGGUGAGUGAAACAAAGGCUGAGGACCCAACAGUCGAUCUGUGAAUCAGGUCUGCAUAGAUUUGAGGCGUUUUACUCGUAAGAAAAGCCAAUGAGCUGAGCUGCCUGGCCUGAGAGAUGAUGAACCGCUACACCACCCUGAAGCAGCUGGGUGAUGGCACCUAUGGCAGUGUGCUGAUGGGGAGAAGCAACGAGUCAGGAGAGCUUGUUGCUAUUAAGAGAAUGAAGAGGAAGUUUUACUCAUGGGAGGAGUGCAUGAACCUGAGAGAAGUCAAGUCAUUGAAGAAGCUGAACCAUGCCAAUGUGGUGAAACUGAAGGAGGUGAUCAGGGAAAACGACCACCUCUACUUUGUCUUUGAGUACAUGAAGGAGAACCUCUACCAGCUUAUGAAAGACAGAGAGAAUAAGAUGCUCACAGAGAAUGAAAUUAGGAACAUCAUAUUUCAAGUGCUCUCUGGGUUGGCUUUUAUACACAAGCAUGGGUUCUUCCAUCGGGACAUGAAGCCAGAGAACCUGCUGUGUAUGGGUCCAGAGCUGAUCAAGAUAGCAGACUUUGGACUGGCCAGGGAGAUCCGCUCCAGACCUCCCUACACAGACUAUGUGUCAACUAGAUGGUACCGUGCACCAGAGGUCUUGCUCAGAUCAUCCACCUACAGUUGUCCAAUUGACAUGUGGGCUGUCGGCUGCAUCAUGGCUGAACUCUACACCCUUCGACCUCUCUUCCCUGGGAACAGUGAAGUGGAUGAGAUCUUUAAAAUCUGCCAGGUUUUAGGAACUGUCAAAAAGACGGAUUGGCCGGAGGGCUACCAGUUGGCUUCAGCCAUGAACUUUCGCUUCCCCCAAUGUGUGCCCACCCACCUGAAGACCCUCAUCCCGAAUGCCAGCAAUGAGGCUAUUUCUCUGAUGAGGGACAUGUUGCAGUGGGACCCCAAGAAACGACCAACUGCUGUACAGGCCCUGCGUUAUCCUUACUUCCAGGUGGGCCAGGUUUUGGGGCCUCGUCCGCAAAGCCAAGAAGUCAGGAAGGCGCAGGCCAGGCCCCCAGGCCAUGGCCUGAGCGCUGAGACCAGGGCAAAUCCCCAGCAGUCUUCAUCUGACUCAAAGUCCAGCUCCUCCUCCAGAUGCCACCAGCAGCAACAUCAGCCCCUACAGCAGAUCCCCCUGCCCCAAGCUGAGAAUAAAACUGGGGGGCACUGCCAUAUUAAGUCGGUGUCACUUGGCAAUGAGAACAACGGUGGGGUGGGGGGGCUAAAGAGUGGCCGCCGCCGCUGGGGCCAGACGCUGGCCAAGACCUCAGAUAGCUGGGAGGAGUCCGACCCAUCAGAAACCGCCGCGUCGCAUUCAAAGAAACCCAGCCUGGGGAGCACGGUGGAGGAGAGGAGCCACAAGCAGCACAGCACACAAUCUGUAGAGCAGAAACCACUGUACUCCUUCAGCACAGUUACCAAACUACCCAGCAAUGUCAAGAUUGGCCAAAUAGACUCAAGUCUCCCAGGAUCGUCUGCACGACAACACUAUCUCAGCCAAUCCAGAUACCUGCCUGGGUUGAUUGGCAAGAACCAGUCUUCUGCGGAUAAAGAGAUGAGUGGUGUGACGCUACGAGACUUAUGGGACAACUCCACCAACACUAUAAAUAAACCUCUUGCUCCUAUUGGAGGAGGAUUAGCCGUCACCAGAGCCAACCCAGAAGAGAGUGCUUCUAAACACACGGGUAGCCCAUCAGAGAAAAGUGUUGUUAAGGAGAGGAUACUGGAGAAAAUUGACCCCUCCAAAGGGAACUUUGUGAGUACCAAGUACAACCUCUCCAGCGGUUACAUACCGUCAUUUCAGAAGAAAGAGGUGGGAUCAGUGGGGCAGAGGAUCCAGCUUGCUCCUCUGGCUGGACAGCAAACAAUCAGUAUUUCUUCUCCUGAUUCUAAAAAAGACAAACUAAAAUCUUCGGCCAAGUCCAAGCCCAUAACCAGCUCGUCUUUGAGUGAAAGUAAUGAAGACUAUGAGGGCUGGAAGAGGAGGGCAGAUGUGACUAAAAUGAAGGGGACCAGUUUCUCAGCCCUGGGGAAGACCUCCGGAAACCUCCUGACCCGGGCUCCCGCUGUACAACCAGUCCAUGGCAGGGUGGACUGGACAUCCAAAUACGGCGGCAAUCGGUAGCUCCAUCAGGAAACAACGCAAACCCAGUUGCUCUCUGAGAUGUGCUUCCUAACUGUAUGCAUCUCAGGAAAAAAAUGCCUAAACCUGAACAAUGGGGUCUAAUACAUUCAACUGAAAUUUGCAAAAAAUUCUGUUAAAUCAAGUUUUGGUGUUAAUCUGUUCCAAGUGUGUUGCCUGUAUUAGUUUCCAACAGAGAACUAAGUUUUAUUGUGGUCACAACUCAAAAAUGAACACAACUGGCAGGUAGUUCAUGGAGGUACUAAUGCACCUUCCCUGGCUGCAGCAAGUACUGUAAAAAGAAGAGCAUCUUUUGGUGAGCCAGGACCAACUAGAUUGACGUAAACCUAUGUAUCAAAUGUAUUACCUCCAAUAGAUUACAUUUGUUUGGGGAGUUAAUUCUAAAGUCAGAUGGUUCAGCCAUUUUCAGCUUGAAUACAGAAGCAAGUUUACAUAGUUUUGGUUGAAUUAAGGCAACAAUGAAGUUACUGUCCCGCAUAGGGAAAAUGCUGGUGUUUAAGUAUCAGUGUCCUUCCCUGUUUUCUAUUCACAGGGUAUGU